GAACGGUCAGUGAGAGGACAGACGAGCAGGAUGGACGUGAAGCAGAUUCUCAUCUUCGGAUUUCUCCUCGUGCCGGUGAUAACGUGCAUGGGGAGCCGGUGCUAUGACGACCACGAGCUGAGCGUGGCGGCAGACAGGAAGCUGCGGACCCACUACCCGCAGCCUCCGGACCCCUCACCUGCGGCGGCACCUGACUCACCUGCCUCCUGCCCCGUGGCGCUCUACCAGCAGCAGGUGCCUCAGCACAUCAGCGGCAGGUCGCUGUCCCCCUGGAGAUACGUGCUUGUGAGGCUGAAGGAUCACUACCCAUCCACCUACGCUGAGGCUCAGUGCCUGUGUUCAGGAUGCAUCUUCAUCCAGGAUAACAAAGGCUGGGAGAAGAGACCACUCCAAGAGAGCAACGACUACAACUCGGUCCCCAUAAAGCAGAGCAGAGUGUUUCUGAAGAGGGAGCUCUGCAGCGACGGCAAGAAAUACCAGCUGAAGCCGGUGACUCUGGAAGUAGCUGUGGCCUGUACCUGCGCCAGAGUCAAGACCUCCUCCUAGAGGGGAUCUACCCAGACCUGCUGUCACAGUGGCAUGCUACAGUUUAUAUUGCGUUUGUUUUAAAAUGCACCAAGUUCUCUGCAAAGUCGGGGGCGUCAGGUGCUGUCAGCGCUAACCUGAACACACGGCUGACACCCCUGGGAUCAUUAAUGAGGCUUCAAAAGUCAAAGAAACAUCGGCUUGUUUUUAUAGGCCUAUUUAUUGUCACAAUGACGACAUCAUUAUAAGACAUCUAUAAUGUGCUUUGCAGGUCUUUAUAGGCCUGUUUGCUCUUCAUUAUGACUUGUUUAUGGCUCUGCAUAGUGCAGCUAAUAUAAACUGGGUAUUUUACUAUGUAUUCUUCUCAUGCUGAUGGCCUUGUCAUCGAACAAAUUAGCUAUUGUAUAGUUUUGGAAUAUGAUAAUUUAACUGCUAAUAAUAUUUGAAUAAUUAUCUAUUUAUUUGUUUUGUUUUGUGUGUGGCAUCUUCAGGAUGCUCAUGAGUGGAUGAA